AAGGUUGAUUGCUUGCAUAUUCUAUUCCCUUUGUUGCCACUCUAGCCACUGCUCCUGCUGCUCAGACACUAUACACCUCCUUCUUCCUUUUAGAGAGAGAAAGAAGUGAGAGAAAGUGGGUAGGCAUCCACAACCUCUAUAAUACGGAGAAGAGGGAAUUAUGUCUGCUUUGGCAACAUCAGCUCUAAAUGUUAGCUCUUUUGGCUCUAUAAGUACUCCCAACCACAACAGAUCCCUCCUCCAUCACACACACUCAUUGCAACUGUCUGCAUCUCCGCACCAUCUUCCCAAACUCACCACCACCACCUGUAGAGCUGCAUCCUCCGUGAACACAGCCGUUGAUUCGUCUGAUCCUGCUCAAAAGCAGCAGGCCAGCAACAAGUAUUAUUUUGCUGUUGCAAAUGCAAAAUUCAUGCUGGAUGAAGAAGAGCAUUUCAAGGAGCUGUUGUUCGAGCGGCUUCGUAUGUAUGGAGAGCGUAAUAUAGAGCAGGACUUCUGGCUUGUGAUUGAACCCAAGUUUUUGGAUAAAUUUCCCAACAUUGCCAAGAGAUUGAAAAGACCUGCUGUUGCUCUAGUUUCGACAAAUGGUACAUGGAUCACGUUCAUGAAGUUGAGACUGGACAGAGUUUUAUCAGAAUGCUACGAAGCUGAAAGUCUAGAAGAAGCAUUGGCAUCUAACCCCGUCGAUCUAGAGUUCGAGAAGCCAGAAAAUUGGGUCGCCCCCUAUCCCAAGUAUGAAUACGGGUGGUGGGAAUCCUUCUUGCCACCAGGAUCUGAAAAGCCGAAAGUAUGAAAGACUUUCUUUUGGCCUUCCGCUCCAAACAUUAAAGUUUGCAGCAUGCGUGAGUGACAUGAAAUGUGCGUGAGGCUCUACAUAAAUCUCUGUAAGUUAGGAACGACACUUGCUAUUUAAUAUCAAAGAUUAGUGGAUUUCAAGAGGUAUGAUCUAGAGGCACAAAGAUGGAACUGCAGAGGAGAUGUAUGUAUGCCUAAUUUUAAUAAAAUUGAGCAGUGUUUGAUUUAUCCA